AUGAUCCACCCACAUACAUCACCCUCGUGGUCAACCACAUACGCUACCAUCACGCCCCACCCAUAUAAACCACCCUCAUGUUUAAUCCACAAACCCCACCCUCAUGAUCCACCCUCAUACUUCACCCUCAUGCUACACCCACACAACCCAUACUCAAUGUCCACCCACAUACACUACCCUCAUACUCCUCCCACAUACCUUGCCAUCAUGCUCAACCCACAUAUACUACCCCCAUGCUCCACCCACAAACCCCACCCUCAUUCUCCACCAACAUCCCCUAUCUCAGGCUCCACCCACAUACACCACCCUCAUGCUACACCCACAUAA